AGCUCCAGAGUUCGCAAGUCAGUCCCUCGGGGAUUGAAUCAAGAGGAGAUCCUAGCUAGGAUACGAGAGGAUGGGCCAGUUAGAAGGGGAACUCAAGGAGAUGAGUCUAGAGGGCACGGCGUACUGUAUUAAUAUCGCGGGGAUCAGCCAGCCAGUCUGAGGUGGAUAACAAGUGAGAUAUGUAUACGGUUCUAGUACGGUUUAGAGGUUUGUUUCUGAUCUGUAUAGCUAAAAUACGGUACGACUACCUAGCUAGAACCACUGUACCAUCACGGGCCUUCACUGGUCAAAGGAGACACUCAAGACAUCCAAGGAUAAGAGAACGGUUGCUCCUCUCCUUAUUAGCGUUGCUGGACUGGAGCAGGCGAACCGCCUGGUUGACACCGGGCUGGUCUGGAACUACCAGUUUCUUGACCGGAAUCUCGACACCUCCCAACCCUCUGUCCCAUGUGACCCCACGCCGCCUUUGCUUAUCUACCUUAGGGCUGCUCAGGCCUGGUCAAGUCUGCUCAGGUCUACUCACCUAUCUUACCAGAAAUCGUCAACUUUUAACGAGGAGCCCGAAAAAGUAUUACUAUGAGGCACCUGUUGCUGUAAGUAGAGUUAGUCUUCGUCGCCUUUUGGCGUAAUCAGCAAGUCUCCUCUAAGGUACAGAGCAA